AUGAACGGCAAGAAACAGUACAGACAUCCUAUGACUACGGCCGAGAAGACAGGCGUAUUCAGCUCGCCGGGUGAACUCGUUUUUUCGAACGAACUUCUCUUGUCGGAGAUCUAUGAGCAUCUUGACACAAAAGAGGAUCAGAAGAACUGUUUACUCGUCUGCAAGUCUGGAUACGACACGGCGGCCAAGCGUUUGUACAGGGAGAUGCGGAUCGAAGAUCUCACUCCCUUCUUCACCGGGAAUUGUAGCAUCGAGCGCUUGAACUUCCUAGCUCAAAGCGUCCGGAUUCUUCAUAUUCCCUACACUUAUGUCGAACACGAACCUUCGGGUCGGAUGAUACUCGACAAGAACUGUCCCAUGAAGCGUUAUCCUAACCUUACUCUUCUUGAGAUUAGCUCCAAGAAGCGAGACUCACCAAUCGCUCGAGUGAUUGGGCGGUACACUCAAGGCAUAAGGAUCUUGGACGUCGCGUUCGACAUCUAUAGCUUCGAACAGAUCGACUGGGAAGGCAGGCUGCGUUUCUUCAUGGGUGGGCGGCAUGGAAACAUUGACGCACGCAUCAUCGGUCGAACUCCUCUAUGGGGACCUAGACACCAUCCUUGGGUGUUGUACGAUACCGAGUCAUCCCUCCGGAACUCACCGCUAGGGCUGAGAAAGGCUCCCGCCCUGGAUUCCAUCGAGAUAAAAGGGGGCUUUAUCUCCGAUCUUUACGAAUUGACACGGUAUCACAAAUACGUCAACCUCACUGGUUUCGCAUACUUCAGCGAGGAUAUUAUGCGCAUUAUUCUUCCUUCGAUGAGGGACCUCAGGAGGAGUCAAACGGCGAUUCCGAUCUUGAAGCUGGAUCUCUGGUUGGAAAAGCUGUGCCCUGAGCUCAAUCCCUACACCGUUGCAAAGUUCUUGCAUAUGAUGACCACCGAUCAGACCGUUAUCACCAUCCACGAGGUUGAUAGCGUCGAAGGACAGAGAAAGGACUGGACUGACCACGUUAGAGCCACGCUAGCUGAUCUUCGAGAGGAAGCGAGGAUAAUGACUCAUGCCGGGAAGCCGGGUUGGCGACGGGUUGAGAAGCGCACGGGUAUCUUAUAUUUUAGGAGAAAUGAGCAUUUCGUUCACAAAGAGGCGCUCGACCCUGAAACUGACGAUUUCUGCUCCCGCCUAUCACAUAAUUACGAGAAUGCUUUCAACAUGACGUGGCAACUCGACCUUGUUUGUCGGCGUCAUAUCGAGACCGUCGUUCUGGAGUCGCAGCCAGGGCUGAGAUCUGACGCCAACUAUCAGAUGUUGGACGCCUCGGGAACAGCUUCUCCGAACAAUCCCGCUGGGAAUCAUGAGCCUGCUUCGGAAUCGACCCCGGCCGAGGUCGAAUAUCCUACACUUUCGACAGCCGCACAAGCAAUCUACCAUAACGACUUGAUCAUGUCCGUGGUCUACCGCUUCGUUACGGACCAAAAAGACCUAGCAAGGUGCUUGCUUGUUUCGAAAGAGGGAUAUGAUACUGCAGCGAACGAGUUCUUCUCUAAAACAUCGACCACGGCAAUGUCGCGGUUGUUUGACGGCGGUUGUAGCUUCGAACGCUUAACGGAAAUAUUCGCUAGAGUCAAAGUCAUAGACGCUCCCAAUGAGCGGGAUUUCCCGUUUGCAAGAUACCCGAAUCUGGCCAUGCUCCGGCUGACAACCCCGUCGUCCAGCUCACGCGUCGUUACGGUUCAGGAGUUGGUGAACCGAGGCCAUCGUACGAUCAUUCUGGAACACGGCUACGAUUCAGAAAUCGAGCUAGGUUGGGGAACCGAAGCUUCCGAUGGAACCGAGGCAGCAGGAAAAGAAGUCGUCAGUGGAGAUCUCCUCUCGGUCGAAUUUCAUCGGGGUAAAGGCGUUCAACGGCGUCGGGUCCAAGCUGCUAUCAAGAAUUUCAUGGUCGCAAUCCGCGUAUCGUUGACGGCGGGCGGGUCCGAUAAUCGAUUUGCCAAACUCAAACGUGUCGUAUGCAGUACAGGUUGCACCGAUUUCACUUCCACGGACUUGACGGAUAUACUUCGCCUCUGCUUCAACUUGAGCACAAUCGAUUUCGAUAUCAAUGCCGAGAAAGCGGGUUAUCGUCGCGACUUUAAUAUGAUCUGGGACAUGCACCCACAGCUUGACGUCGUGUCGCUGCGUGGUGUUGAUCUGUACGACUUGGACCUUUUUAUUGACUGUCGACACGUCACUCUUCGCACACCGAUGUUUGCAUCGACCGAGGAUUACAUGGAGGACUACACGUCCUCGCCUCCCGAUGAGCGCCCGUCCCCUUCGGAAGUGAUGGAGUCUUUGACCAUCGAGCUUCAACCUGGGGGUUCCGGUUGUUACCUGACUGCGUUGUUUCUUCUCUGCAUGAUUAACAAGCGUACCGUCGUCAAAGUCGUCGCAGCCCCCACCAUUACCGAUGAUUCUGACGACGACGAGGACACCGAAGCUGUGAAGAUUGCGGACCUGGCUAUCGAAGUCUCGAGCACCCUGAGACAUCUGAGGCGGUUUCGAGCCUUUAAAGAGUCUGGAACUCCGGGAUAUAGGCAGAUUGGCUUCUCGCAAGACGGCCCGCCUGGCGAGAAUGCAUCUCAGCCGACGUACAACUACGAUUCGAAAAAUCCUAAUUGGCACCACCUUGUUUCCAAGACAAAGCAGACGAUUGUCAGGACAUAUUUCGACAUCCUUACCUCAUCUAGCGUUUUCAGACCGAUGGAGACACCCAACCCAGCCACCCAAGUUCACGGAAUCGACUUGAUCCGUUCCGAGAUCUGUCGCUUCUUGGACCAUGAGGACCUGAAAAGCUACGCCUUGGCUAGUCACUCAACCUUCGAAGAUGCAAUGAAAAGGCUCUGGUCGUGUACAAGGCUCAAAAGCGUGAACAGGCUAUUCGGGAUGGGCUAUUGGCUUAAUCGCUUCGAUCUAUACCUGGGCUGCAUCAGACAAAUCAUUGUUCAGCACGACAUUUUCCCCAAAAAAGGCAGCGACAUACUUAGAGUCGGUUGGGAUUUGGAGCGACCCCUACCGAUUGCACUUCAACGAAAAAAAGGCGGACGUUUUGAGUUCUCGGGCGUCCAAGACCUGCCGAAGCUCGACCUCCUGGACAUCAAGAGCUGCUCCAGCGAGCUUCUCGGAUACUCGGAUGGUGACAUCCGAGCAGACGUCGGGGAGGUACAUCGGAUUGGCGAGCGAACCGUUCGUGUCAGAUCCCGCUAUCGUCAAUCGGAACGGCUCUUGUGCUGGGCGAACGCCUUGGUCGAUAUCCACUCCGACGCUUCUUAUAUCGAGUCUCUACGCUUGGGUUGGUGGACGGAGACUCCCGAAGAAACGAACGAAGUCUAUCGAGACGUCAUCGGUGCCUUGCUGGGGCAAAUCCGGGAUAUAUCUCCUUUUGAGCAGCGAGGAUCCCGUCUCAAACGGCUGGAAUGCUUCACUCUUAAAGAAGAGAUACUGUGCAAAGAUCUGAUGGAGAUCCUGAGCCUACUGCCGCAGCUCAAAGAGUUGGAGGUGAUCUUAACAAAGAUGGGGGAUAAGGAACCACCUCUGAACGGAGACGCUUUCGCGCUGUUCCUGGCAAAGAAGCCAGUCGAAAUCGAAAGCCUGCGAAUCUGUGGUGCGCCGCUCGAAUGGCUCCCAUAUUUCCGCCGAUGCGGACGAGUCCUUCUGGAUUGUGGAGUCGCUGUCCAGUAUAGCAAGCUGUACGACGAUUUGCGCGCGCUUCCACCGAUUCAAUGGGCCAACCUCGACGAUGCAGGUCCGGCACAUCUCGGUCUCGUCUUGCCCAAGUUGCAAUACGAUCGUCAGGCCGGAGACUUCAUCAGCUUUAUUGAAGGAGCUACGAGCGAUCACACUGCGAUCCAUGCCUCUACUUAUGAGGUCCCUCUCCGCAGCGAUAUGAGCGAUCUUGAUCAAGGAAGCGAUUUCGAUAGUGACGACGAAGGGUAUGGCGUCACUACGACGGGCCCUCGUGAAGACCCCUCCAAGAGAUGGAUCCGUGUUAUCAGGCGCAGCAUUACUGCGCCUCGACGGAAUGGGACGGCCUCCAGACUUGCCUGA